AGUUAGGUGAGCAUUUUCAUGUCGUUCUGGACGAGUGUACGUGUACGUGUCUUAGGUACACAAAGUUGAGAAUCCCAAGUGAACACGGUCUAGCAGCUGCAAUCGAGUUUGGAAUAGAUCCGAAGGUUGUUGUAGGAUGGUGGUAUGGCCUUCAAACGUUUUCCGAUUCUUUUCAAGAACCGAUUCUACCAAUCGCGGAUCCGAAGGAUGUUGUCAUCCCACAACAUAUAUCGGAUUUGAUACUAAUUCCUCCAUACUGUAGACGACCACCAGGAAGACCAACAACCAAAAGGAUUCCAUCUAGAGGUGAAAACCGGAAAAAGAGACAGAAAAGACUUAUUCCGAAUCAGUGCACACGAUGUAGACAAGCAGGUCAUAACAAGAAGACUUGCAAAAAUCCUAUUUAGUUCUCCUCAAAAGCCUUAUGUCUCCGCGAAGACAGUGUACGUUUAUGUGUGGACAGUGUGUACCAAAGUGUUGUGACGGUGUACGUACGUUUAAUAUUUGCCAGCGUAUAACUAUGUACGUUUUCUGAGUGUACGUUUUGUUAGUGUACGUGUUUGUUGUGUCUGUGUACGUAUAAUCUUCAUGCAAUAAACGGUUACAAACGGUUACACACAUUUGUAUCUCAACCGUUGGAACACUUUCGCACUACCCACCGCGUCCGUUACGGAAUUUCCUUAUUUAAGCCACAUCUCCUCCUCAAUUUUAUCCACAUUCCUUCAAACGAAAACCCUUUCCCACAUCGGCAGUUACAUCAAUCAAACACAAAGUCUUUCGAUUGUUCUUGCUAACCGUGUGAUGGACGGGUAUCACACCAUCUCUGAAUUGUGUCCUCAGAUCACUGGGUGGACAAUUUGUGUAUUUGUCGUGAGAGUGUUUAAGAAGUUUGUUGCGCCCAACAUCUUCGAACUCGGCCUUAUCUUGGCAGAUAAUUCGGGAUCCCGUUCCCGUAUCGAGGCCACCAUUGAUCGUCGCCUUGCUCCUUUUUACAUAGACCGAAUCAAAGAAAAUGAGUGGAAAAUUGUGACCACUUUCUUGGUCCGUAACGUCGCUGACCCAGUGAGAGCAACAUCUCAUGACUACGGCAUAUGGUUUAUGGAUCGGACCGUCGUUACUAACGCCUUACGAAGGGACCCAAUAUCGUUUUACGAUUUCACUCAAUUCGACUACAUUUUGGAGAAAACAGUUGAUACUAAAGUUUUAGUCGAUGUCAUUGGAGCGUUGUUGGAGGUUGGCCACUUGACCAGAGACUUCGACGGUCUCAAGCUUCCUUUCAAGAUCAAAGAUAGAUACAACGAAGUUUUGGAAUGCGAAGCACACAAUGAACAGGCGUUGGAAUUCCAAACCUUCUUUCGGAGUCUAGGUCAGCGCAAUGUUGUUGUCGCACUCGUCUUCUGGCGUUUAACCGACAGAGCUAAUCCUAAGGUUGUGAGUCAUGGUCCUGUGUCAAAGGUCUUUGCCGAUCCGGACACACCGGAAGUGGAAGAGAUCAAGCAGGUCGUUUUUUAGAUAGGGGGAUUUGUUUUCCCCAGUCUUCUUAUUAUUAAUGACCAGAUUUAUAUUAAGUAUUGUAAAACUACAUAAACUUGUUGUCGUUUUCUAAUUACUUGAAUUUGUAUAAUAAACUAUUGGGUAACUGUACGUACAUUUUAUACGUACAGUGUCUUCAAUUACAAUUAA